AUGAAAUUAGUCUCAUGUAAAUAUUCAGGAGAUUUGAUUAAUAUUUAACUUCUCGUUGUGGAUUCGUCUUUUUCAUAAUUAUUCUAGUUGAAUUUAGAUUAUUAAAAGAAUUAAAUUUAAUUCUAAUUGUUAAACGAGUUUAGAAAUUUCAUUCCCUAAAAUAGUUUUGUAAUUACAGAUUUUAUCAUUUAGUAUAUAGAUGAUACUAUUUUGGUUUUAAAAUAAACUGGUUAUGUAUUCUCUCAAUUUUAUGAAUUUCAUUAAGAUAGAAAAUUAUAUGACUAUUUUCAUAAAUCUGAAAUUUCUAUGUAGAUAAAAAGAUUAAAUAUAUACUUGUUUUAGAUGAAAAUGAAAUCUUUUUAUAUGAAUAAUACUCCAAUUCUGUAAUUCUUUUAUAAUACUCAUUUCAUUUUCACUGAUAGUCUUUCUAUAUAUAUAGGAAUAAUUGGAUAUGAAUUAGAAGUAUAAAAUUGCGAUGAAAUUGAAUAAAAUUUUGAAUUGCUUGCCUACAAUGAGAUAUCAAAUGAGAGAGUUUCAUUAUAAUUACAUCUAAUUAAAACAAAUCAGUACUCGAUGAAUAGCAUUUUGGGAAUUUAAAUAUCUUGCCUUGCUUUCAUAUUCAUAUACACAAGCAAAAUUAAGUCUAAAUCUAGAAAUCAAAAGCAAAAUAGAUGA